AGACCUGACAACAAGCUAUCGGCUGAGCCUCUGAUGAUAUGGACACUACGCUGGCAUUUAAAUUCUUCGAAUAACCUAGCGUCAUAUAAACAAAGCCUUACAAACAUUUCAUGGUCACUAUACACAUAUAAUUUCCACUCUGCAUUAUCACCAUGCCGAGCAAUAAGCUUGAGAAGCCUGACAAGCAGGAGGUCAGUGAUAAUGUCAAGGUGGUAGUGAGAUGUCGUCCCCUCAACCAGAAAGAGAAGAUGAUGGGCCACAAACAGGCCGUCAUAGUGGACGAGAUCCGUGGGACCAUAACGGUCAACAAGCUGGAGACUCCUCAUGAGCCUCCCAAGACCUUCACCUUUGACACUGUGUUUGGACCAGACAGCAAACAGCUGGAUGUCUACAAUCUCACAGCCCGCCCCAUCAUCGACUCAGUAUUAGAGGGUUACAAUGGCACCAUUUUUGCGUAUGGGCAAACUGGCACAGGAAAAACAUUCACCAUGGAGGGUGUGAGAGCAGUGCCAGAACUCAGAGGGAUUAUCCCAAACUCCUUUGCUCAUAUUUUUGGUCACAUUGCCAAGGCAGAAGGUGACACCAGGUUUUUGGUUCGUGUUUCAUACCUGGAGAUUUACAACGAGGAAGUGCGGGAUUUGUUGGGCAAGGACCAGAUGCAGAGGCUAGAGGUUAAAGAAAGACCAGAUGUUGGUGUCUACAUCAAAGAUCUCUCUGGUUAUGUUGUGAACAAUGCUGACGACAUGGACAGGAUUAUGACACUGGGACACAAAAACCGCUCUGUUGGUGCCACAAACAUGAAUGAACACAGCUCACGUUCGCAUGCUAUCUUCACCAUCACCAUCGAGUGCAGCGAGAAGGGUGUGGAUGGAAACCAGCAUGUGCGCAUGGGAAAACUUCAUCUGGUUGACCUUGCAGGCUCAGAAAGACAAGGCAAGACUGGAGCCACAGGUCAACGUUUAAAAGAAGCGACCAAGAUCAAUCUCUCCCUCUCCACGCUGGGUAAUGUCAUUUCUGCCCUGGUAGACGGCAAGAGCACACACGUUCCCUACAGGAACUCCAAACUAACCCGUCUGCUGCAAGAUUCACUCGGAGGAAACUCCAAGACCAUGAUGUGUGCAAAUAUAGGCCCUGCAGACUAUAACUACGAUGAGACCAUCAGUACCCUGCGCUACGCCAAUAGGGCUAAAAACAUCAAGAACAAAGCCCGGAUCAAUGAGGAUCCUAAGGAUGCCCUCCUGCGCCAGUUUCAGAAGGAGAUUGAGGAGCUGAAGAAGAAACUGGAGGAAGGUGAAGAGAUCUCUGGCUCAGAGGGUAGUGGAUCAGAAGAGAUGGAUGAAGGUGAUGAUGAAGUAGGGGAGGCAGGAGAGGGCCGCAGGAGAAGAAGAGACAGUAGCGGCGGCGGCAGCAGCAACAGCAGCCGUAGCUCAGAAUUUGCGUGUUCCUCCUCAGUGCCACCACCCACUGAGGAAAAACCUCAGAAUAAAGAGAGAGGGAGGAAGAAGGUUUCUCCGGACAAGAUGGUGGAGAUGCAGGCAAAGAUUGAAGAGGAAAGAAAGGCUCUGGAGGCCAAGCUAGACAUGGAAGAGGAGGAGAGGAACAAGGCAAGAGCAGAGCUGGAGAAGAGGGAGAAGGACCUGCUCAAAGCCCAGCAGGAGCAUCACCUUCUGCUGGAGAAACUGUCGGCCCUAGAGAAGAAGGUGAUUGUGGGUGGGGUGGACCUCUUGGCCAAGGCGGAGGAGCAGGAGAGGCUCUUGCAGGAGUCCAACAAUGAACUUGAAGAACGUCGCAGGAGGGCAGAGCAGCUGCGGAAGGAGCUGGAGGAGAAGGAGCAAGAACGUCUGGACAUAGAAGAAAAAUAUACUAGCCUUCAGGAGGAAGCUCAAGGAAAGACCAAAAAGCUGAAGAAAGUGUGGACCAUGCUGAUGGCUGCCAAGUCAGAGAUGGCAGAUCUACAGCAGGAGCAUCACAGAGAGAUCGAAGGCCUCCUGGAGAACAUCCGCCAGCUGAGCCGAGAGCUGCGGCUGCAGAUGCUCAUCAUAGACAACUUUAUUCCCCAGGAAUACCAGGAGAUGAUCGAGAAUUACGUGCACUGGAAUGAAGACAUUGGAGAAUGGCAGCUGAAAUGUGUGGCAUACACUGGCAACAAUAUGAGAAAACAGACCCCUGCUCCAGACAAAAAAGAAAAGGACCCAUUUGAGGUGGAUCUGUCCCACGUGUAUCUGGCCUACACAGAGGAGAGCAUGCGUCAGUCACUGAUGAAACUAGAGAGACCCAGAACCUCAAAAAGUAGCAAGAGUGGCCGACCCAAGACUGGGCGAAGGAAAAGAUCUGCAAAGCCAGAGGCUGUGAUCGAAUCCCUUUUGCAGUAAAGACAACAUAGAGGACGGCUACAUUUCACUGCAACUUUCAUGUUACCUUAUAAAAAGAAGUCAUUAGUCGAGUGUAAAGAAGUUAUUGUUGUACAUUAUUAAAAGAUUAUCUGAAUGCACUGUAUAGCUGGCAAGGUUUUAAAUUUGAAGACGCUGUUGUUCGGGUAGCACUCAUGAUAGGAUUAAGACCUCUUGGCCAAGGGGGACCUGAUAUUCAUAUUCUAGUGUAAGACAUCUUUGAAGGCGCCCCACAUUUCAGUGUUGCUUUGGCAGCAUUUCUAAGAACCUCUGUCUAUUAGGAGGAAAUCUUCCAGAAAAACAUAUUUCAUUUGCAACAUCAAUCCUUUUGAAAAUGACCAACAAUCUGAAAGAAGAUACAAAUUUGACAGGAUGCUGAAAAUAGAAGUGUGCAUGUGUUUUACACACAAGUGUUUUGCAAUGAACAUCACAUAGAUUAAGUCUUAACCUCUGUCUUACGGAUUUCCUACUAUGUGAGACGUUUGAUUCAUAUUCAGUGGCCUGUGCUGACAUGAACACACUCUGGUUAAGGGUGUAUUUUCACUUAAAUUACAACUAAUUAUGCUUCUCUGAGCACAAAGUGUAGCCUUAGUGUUUUUUCCCACUAACUAUGUAAAAUCAUGAACAUGAAUAGAAGUAAAAGUAAACACUAAUUUUGGUCGGGAACAAGGAGAGGAGUACGCUGGAUCAAGGAUGUGACUGAGAAGUGCGCUUUAUACUCUUUCCUUUAGGUCAGAAGCAUAGGGGCAUGCAUGCUAGCCAGCUCUUAUGUUAGUGCCAUUUGCUAAUUUAGGUCAUCUUUUUAUUUUCAAGGACACUCUGUGUCAUACUGAGAUACACUAUACAUACUGUAUGCCUUAGUUAAACACCCUAGUAUGAGGCUUUUGUGGAGAUAAGUUAAUGUUAAGAUGUUCUGUAGUGAAGGCAAACUUGAGUUUUAUUUUGUAUCACAAUGUAUGUCAAAUGUUUACACCCACCAAACCCCUGGAUGUUUUAUUUAUUAAAUUAUUUUACAUGUUUUAUCCCA